UCCAGCCUUCAUUCACCCUCAGAGUCACAAUAUGGAAAGCUCAAGCAACAGCCAGCAGAACCAAUGGAGCUGCUCGAGCUCAGAGUCAGAGUUUUACAGCGUUUCCUCUCCAGACACCAUUUCGCCGAAUCCAUCCAUGGACCAGGGCUUCUCUCCGUCGCACCAGGCCCAGCAUGCAUGCUCAAAAUCAGUCAAACCUGCAGGGGUCGUCAAGAAGAAAAGCAGAUUAAGGCUGAAGAACCCGAGCGAGCAACGACAGAACGCUAGUGAGAAGGAGAAGUUAAGGAUGAGGGAUCUGACCAAAGCUCUCCACCGUCUCAGGACCUACCUGCCUCCAUCUGUAGCUCCCGUAGGCCAAACCCUGACCAAGAUCGAGACGCUACGUCUCACCAUACGCUACAUCUCGUUUCUGUCUGCUCAGCUGGGUCUCAGUGAAGAAGAGCUGAACCACAGAAGGAACGUGAACUCCAGCAGCUGCUCAUAUUCUCCAGAGAUCAUUGGUUAUUUUCAGUACAGGACUAUGGCUGGAGAUUGGGUGGAGCAAGGACAGGGUUAUGGGCAUUAUGAUGGACUGUAUGAGGGUUGCUCUGCUCAUACAGGGAAAUGUGAUGAGAUCAGCAUGGAUCAGUAUGGCGGUUCCUCACAGCAACAUUCAACAGAGCAAAACUUGUCUGCAAAUAUAGAUGGCUUCCUCCAGUCACAACAGUGUGCUCAAACAACACAGACAUACCAGGUUUAUGGAAGAAACUUUGGCCAUCAUCUUGUUCCUCAAGCUUACUGGAGCUGACAGCAGAAUAUGAUGCCUACUACUGUAGUUUACAGUAAAUAAAUGUGGAUGUUUGGCUUCCUAUCUUGUGAAAGCAAUAAAUGUGAACCAAAGUUAAUACUGUUAUUCUUAUAAUCAAAGUUAUAUAUGUUAUCCAUGUCUGUCCUAUGUAAAUACAAAA